AUUAUUUGCUUUUUCAUCCAGAUGAACAAAACUAAACGGCACAAACGGUCAGAUCCAGAGAAAUGGCAGCAAAAUAUUUACAAGAAGAAACGGCUGACGGGGGUACAGCGUACAGGGAAAACUGGUAAAGAUAUCCCUGCUGCAAAGAUGGGUCCUCCAUGCCAAUCUAAAUUUUGCCAGAAAGCCAAAGCCCAUUACUGCCAAUUCAUAACUGAGGAGCAGCGACGGCACAUCUUCCACAAAUUUUGGUCCAUAACUUCUUGGGAAGCACGCCAAAUAUACAUUCGAACCUUAAUCUCAAAGAAAGAAAUAAAGCAGAAGAAAAAGAUACAGGGAUCAAGACGUCAAGCAUCCUAUGCUUACAAUCUACAACUUCAAGAUGGAUCAAUUCAUCAAGUCUGCAAGCCACUCUUUGCUUCUACCUUCGGUGUCCCCGAAAGAACUCUUAUGUCAUGGAUAACAGAUCGUGGUGAUAGUUCGUCAGCAGCCUCAUCAAGCGAUAGUCUGUCAGCAGCUAAAACACCAUCCAAACCUGGUCCCAAAAGUGGAAAGUGUGCAAAAGUGACUGAUGCAGAUAAUGAAUUUCUCAGAGCCUGGUUGAAGGGCCUGCCGACUGUGGACUCGCAUUAUUGCAGGAGCACACCAACGUACAAGGAGAAACAUUUCUUGUAUCCUGGGACCACAAUUGCGAACCUUCAUCGGGAAUACAAAGAGGAUGCUGAGAAAGGUGGAGCUAGAGCUGUGGAAAUUUCUUACUUCACUGAUAAAUUCCAUGAGGAAAACUUAUCUGUCUUCAUCCCCCGGAAAGAUCGGUGUGAUGUAUGUGAAUCCUUCAAAUAUGGCAACAUCAGUAAGGAUGAGUACGACAAACACAUUGAACUCAAGGAUGAAGCUCGAAAAGAGAAAGCACUUGAUAAAGAAGCUGCCAGUGCAAGUAAGUCUGUUUGGACUAUGGAUCUGCAGGCUGUUCUGUUGUGUCCGAAAACUAUGGCAUCUACCAUGUACUACAAAACAAAGCUUCAGCUACAUAACUUCACUCUAUUUAAUCUGGAUUCCAAGAAACAAGGUUACUGCUACAUCUGGAAUGAAACCGAAGGUGACUUGAAAAGUGAAGUUUUUUCAUAUCUGCAGUACCAUCACUUUGAAACUAUCAUCUUAGAGAACCCUAAUUUGCAAGAGCUUGUGAUCUGGAGUGAUGGAUGUGGCUACCAGAACAGAAACGUGAAAGUUGCCAAUGCUUAUUCUGCUCUUGCAAGAAAAUAUGGCAUCAGGAUCAUUCAGAAGUUCCUUGUCGCAGGCCACACACAAAUGGAGUGUGACUCCAUGCAUAGCACCAUUGAACGAAAAAUAGUGAAUGAUGUCUUCACAGAGCGAGAUUAUGCAGUACUCAUCCAGUGUGCUAGGAUCAGACCAACCCCAUACAUAGUCAAACAGAUGAAGCACCAAGAUUUCAUGAAGAUGGAGAAUUUAUUCUUCACCAGCAUCAGGCCUGGUAAAAAGUCAGGAGAUCCAGUGAUUCAUGCUCUGCGGGGGUUAAUGUACCUAAGUGAUGGAACAGUGAAAUUCAGGUUGUCAUUCAACAUCCACUCAACUUGGGAGGCUCUGCCACACCGGAUUCAAAACGUGGAAACGAAAUGGAUCCCACUCUAUUCUUCAAGACUGCCUAUUAAUAUACGGAAAUUCAACGACCUUCAGUCCAUGAAGACAGUUAUGCCAGCUGACUGCUAUAAUUUUUUUGAUACCUUGCCUCACGAGUAA